AUGUCGUCUGUAAUCUUUCAACCGUUAUUGCAUGAUCCUCUUGGAUGGAAACCAUCGAAUUCAACUUAUACUGACCAUUAUAAAUGGAGAAAAUAUCGAACAGCGAGUAAAGGAAGAAAAAUCUCAAACUAUGGUCAACAAUAUCAAAGACAAAUACAAAAACAGCAACAGCAACUGCAAAAACAGCUGAAUAAAAGUUUACCCGCAGUAUCGAGCGAAGAGCAAACAAAUAAUUCUGCUAUUGUAGUAACAAAAUUCAAAGAUAACCAAGAACAACCUGUUUCACAUCGAUCGUCGCCAACGAAAACACCAGUUUUAACUGUCGAAUACAAACAACGACCAGCAACAGCUAGUGAAGACGUUAAUUGCCAAUCAAGAGCCUCAUUGCGUUCAACAUCUUCGCUUCCAAUAAUUGAAGAAAAAAUUCGUCCAUUAACAGCACCUGAACCUCGUCCGCCAACAAGAGAAGAAAAAGAAAAACCACCUGUUGACCCCAACAAUGACAAUAGCCGACAUUGGCUUACUUACCCAAAUCCUAAAACACCUCAAUAUAUAAUUGAUGUAAAACAACGUUUAGGACAAUUGAGAUUACCUUCAACUCUUCUUACACGACCUUUAUCAGCAUCGAAUGCAUCCGUUCAACAGAAGCCGCCUACACCUCCGACAGCAACUCGGCCAUCAUCUGCGUCGACACAAAUUGAACGAAAACAACAAACCAAUAAUAAUGACGAUCAACAUAAUUUUCUUACUUUUCAUACAAGUGAAACGCCAGAAGAUCUGCGUCUUGCACGUCAACGUCUUGAUAAACAUCGAUAUAAUCCAUCAUUAGAUAGUUAUCCGCCACGUCCAAAAACGUGUCUCGCCAAUACUCAUGAAAAUCCAAAGCCAGUAACGCCAAAACAAUAUGAAAAUGAAAAAUUACCAGUACAAACGCCGAAGAAUGAUGCAUGGAUUGUUGACGACGAAAAAGCACCGAACGCACCAGAUUAUGAAUCAUCGUCGGUUAUUAUACAAAUGGUUGAUUGCGAUGGUUUGCCAAACGAGUAUUACGAAGCACUUGAAACGGCUAGCAUUGCACAAGAAGAAUACUUAAGAAAUUUCAAAAAAGAUGCUGAAAGAAGACCACAAACGACUGUUUAUCGCAUUCCAACAGCAUUGCCGGAGCAUAGAAACGAUUGUUUGGUUGCCAGUCAAAAUCAACAGCAAUCGACGGCAAUGAACAAUCAGUUGCGUCAAUUAGCACGUUCAUCACAAAAUGAUUUUGGUGUUUGGGUAAGAAAUGCAACAGAUAAAGAACGAGCAUCAACUAUGAAACUUUUACACGAUGUUCUCAAUCAGCCAAUGAUUGGUUAUAACGUACAAACAAGACAAAAGCCAGCAUCUAAACAGGCACCGGCUCCGCCACCUGUUCGUACUGGAUCUGGAACACGAAAAUUAGGUCGUACACGUACUCAACAUAAUUUUCCGUGUGAAAUAUGUGAAAAACUUCUUAUUAAACGGCAUGUAUGGGAUUUAAAAGGGUCAGAAAUAGCUAAGUGCCCUAAUCAUCCGCAGGGGCAUUCAAGUUCGAGCAUAAUAUGA